UCGCAAACGCCAAACAUGGGGUUUUAAUAUAAUCAAAUGACAUACACCAGCCGCUAGCCGCUACAUCAGCCAGCAAGCUCAAACAAUUUAUACGGUGUCUGUGUUCUCACAUAUCAUGUGAUUUUUGCAACGCUUGAGUAGUUCCUACUGUUAAUGCAAAAACAUAGUUUUCGUUAAUUAUUGUUACAUUUUGAUCACGUUUUUCAAGGAAAUGGGAAGUAUGAUACUUUCACAGUUAAACUAGCGCAUUUCUUGCAAAAAAUCGGCAGUAUUAUGGCUGAAAUCCAGCUGUAUUGGGUCGUAACACUCUACGUGAUAUUUGGUGCAUUUUUUCAAAAUUAUGCCCAAGAUGUUCCAGUAAUACUCACGUCAUAUCUUGGGAAAGAUGGUAAUACAGCCGAUAUAACGCGCGAACAGUGGCCUUCCGCAUGGGAAUCUGGCGAGGGCGGUAUUUCGGAUAGUUGCCUUAUUGAGCUGGAUAACUUCAGCACAGCAACCGUAUUGUUCAUGAACUGCACGCUUACAAACGCCCGCCCGUUGCAAUACUGUGAAAAGUGUGUCACCGAGUACAUUUCAGUACAAAACAGCUACAAUAUCAUUACAAAUGAUGAAGAUAAAUCGAACGAAACUGUCGGUUGCAAAAGUGAGAUAUUAAGAUCAGACAAUAUUCAAGUCGUGUUAAUGACUUACGAGUUCGUAACAAGCAUUUGGAAGAAAUCGAACUGCGAUGUAUGUUUUGAAAAAAUUCCAACUGUGAAUGGCAGUUUCCGAUACGUACCAACGAACACUACGAAAACUUUACUGCGUAAAAUAAAAGCAGUGCUUCUAUGUUUUGGUAAUUAUUCAAAAAACACGCUGCCGGUUGUUCACUUGAAAAAUGAAACAGUAUGUAACAUGUGUAAGAACUUGUACUGUGACGCAAACGAUUUGUACCAAUCUGUUGAAAGCCAAGGUAACUUGUGCAGUGACCUCAUUGAUUCUAUGAACUAUACCAGGAAAAAUUGGGGCAAUACUUAUCACUGUACUGUUGCAUUGCCUGAUGAGGGGGAAAUUUGGGGUCUCACUGCUUUAGUUUGUGCAAUGCCUGUGUUGUUAUAUGUGGGGGUGUGGGCACAUGCAAAUCGUGCAAGAGCAACUUCUAUUAGAGUAGCCUUAUAAUCUAUUUCGAAUAUGUAUUGUGUCUUUGCAUUGUAUGAUACAGUAGGUGGGGGAGGACAGGACACCUUCAGCACAUAAUAUCCAAAUAUCCUGAUCGUGUUUUAAACAAUUAACAAUGAUCCAUAGGAGUCGUAGGGAUAUGGUUUUAUAUUUCGUUAAAUGUUCUUUAUGUCUUACCAAAUGGGACGAGGAAAUGAAACGAAAAAGGUUUCUCAUCAUUCCCCACCCUACUAUAUAUAUAUCUAUAUAUGUAUUUAUUUUGUGUAAAUAUUAAUAAUGAUAAAACUGCUUAGGCUUAGGAAAUAAGCUGCUCCAUUCUCAAUACCUGUGUUUUAAGAAUGUUUUAUUUGUGAACAUUUUUGCUCUUAG